AUGGGUUAUACAGAAACCCAUAGCACUCUUCCCGCCUCCUGGUAUCGGUCAGAAGGCAUGUACGAGCUGGAAAAAAGAGCCAUCUUCUCCAAGAGAUGGCUUUGCGUUUCUCAUUCAAUGAGAUUCAAGAAUCAGGGAGAAUUCGUCAAAUUCGAGAUGGCCGGAUAUAGCUUCUUCAUUAUCCGCGACCGCAAACACGAACUGAAAGCAUUCUUGAACAUAUGUCGCCACCGAGCGUAUCCGAUCAUGGAGGCAGAGUCUGGCAAGGCAAGUAUCUUGUCGUGUAAAUAUCACGGAUGGUCUUAUGGUCUUUCUGGCAAUCUCGCAAAAGCUCCACGGUUCGAUACUGCUGCGGACUUUGAGAAAGCCGACUUUUCUUUAUUCGAAGUCCAUCUCCAUGUGGACAAGCUGGGCUGGGUUUGGGUAAAUCUAGACUCAGCAAAGCCUCCGACAGUGCCAUGGGAAGAGAAUUUUGCUGGCGUGGAUCAACAACCCCGACUUGGGGAGUUUAGUAUGGAUAACUUCAAUUUCGAUCAUUCCUGGGAGAUGGUUGGAGAUUACAACUGGAAAAAUAUCAUCGAUAACUACAACGAGUGCUAUCAUUGUCAAACUGCUCAUCCCGGUAUCCUCGCAACUACCAGGUUAGACACCUACGAUGUAGUCUGCCAGAAGGGAUGGAUCGAACAUCACUCUCAAACACUGUCCACUGUCGAACAGAAGUAUGGAGUACAACCUACGUACCUAUUUCCCAAUGCCAGCGUCACCAUCUCCGAUGAAUACACGUACCUGAUGCGGGUUGUUCCGAUCUCUGCCAAGACGGUCAAGAUGCAGUACGAAGUGUAUCGACGCAAAGGCAUCCCAGACGAGGAGUUUCAGAGCAUCGAUGCAUUCUUCAAGCAGAUUGAGAAUGAAGACAAGGGGCUCAGCAACGGUGCUCAACGCAACCUCAACGCAGAAGCCUACGUCUGUGGACCACUUCACCCGCACAAUGAGAAAGGCGUCAUAUAUUUCAAAGGAUUGGUCAAAGACGCUGUUCAGCAACAUGCGAUGGAGGAGGGCAAGCUGGGCCGACAGAUUGUUCCCAUUCGGAGAGGAGAAGGAAUGACUUCGGAGUGUACCGAUGCCGAGGAAGCAUUCUGCCGUGUCGCAUGCGACCAGGAAGGCAUGAAAGCUGCCACAGAAUGGUAG